UGCCGGCUUCCAGGCGCCCGCCCGAGCCUCGCUGACCCCCCCGCCAGCCCGCCGCCUCCCCGCGCCAUGGCUGGGGCCCCGGGCCCGGCCGCCCACCGCCCGCCGCCCCUGGCGCCCCACGGGCUCAGCUGAUCCUGAAUUGACCGGGGGCGAGCGGCGGGGCUGGAGGUCCCCCUCGAUUUCUGGCUUCGGGGGACGCGUGGCCCCCGCGUCUCUAACCUGGACGACCCCCCGCUGCCCCAAGUCCAUGCCCAGGCUCCCUGCUGAGCGCCGACAUGGCUGAGAGCUCCUCUCCACCCUCCUCUUCGGCCGCGGCCCUGGACGCUGAGCCGGGGGUCACAGAGCAGCCGGGCCCCCGGAGCGCCCCGCCCUCCCCCCCAGGCCUGGAGGAGCCCCCGGAUGGAGCCGACCCAGACGUGCCUCACCCGGACCUGGCGCCUGUUGCCUUCUUCUGUCUUCGCCAGACCACCAGCCCCCGGAACUGGUGCAUCAAGAUGGUGUGCAACCCAUGGUUUGAGUGUGUCAGCAUGCUGGUGAUCCUGCUGAACUGCGUGACACUGGGCAUGUACCAGCCGUGCGAUGACAUGGACUGCCUGUCCGACCGAUGCAAGAUCCUGCAGGUCUUUGAUGACUUCAUCUUUGUCUUCUUUGCCAUGGAGAUGGUGCUCAAGAUGGUAGCCCUGGGCAUUUUUGGCAAGAAGUGCUACCUUGGGGACACAUGGAACCGACUGGACUUCUUCAUCGUCAUGGCUGGGAUGGUGGAGUACUCACUGGACCUUCAGAAUAUCAACCUGUCGGCCAUCCGCACCGUGCGUGUCCUGAGGCCCCUCAAAGCCAUCAACCGUGUGCCCAGUAUGCGGAUCCUGGUGAACCUACUUUUGGACACGCUGCCCAUGCUGGGGAACGUCCUCCUGCUCUGCUUCUUUGUCUUCUUCAUCUUUGGCAUCAUUGGCGUGCAGCUGUGGGCGGGUCUGCUGCGCAACCGCUGCUUCCUGGAGGAGAACUUCACCAUACAAGGGGAUGUGGCCCUGCCCCCCUACUACCAGCCGGAGGAGGACGAUGAGAUGCCCUUCAUCUGCUCCCUCUCGGGGGACAACGGCAUCAUGGGCUGCCACGAGAUCCCCCCGCUCAAGGAGCAGGGCCGAGAGUGCUGCCUGUCCAAGGACGACGUCUACGACUUCGGGCCGGGGCGCCCGGACCCCAACGCCAGCGGGCUGUGCAUCAACUGGAACCGCUACUACAACGUGUGCCGCACGGGCAGCGCCAACCCCCACAAGGGCGCCAUCAACUUCGACAACAUCGGCUACGCCUGGAUCGUCAUCUUCCAGGUGAUCACUCUGGAAGGCUGGGUGGAGAUCAUGUACUACGUGAUGGAUGCUCACUCCUUCUACAACUUCAUCUAUUUUAUCCUGCUCAUCAUAGUGGGCUCCUUCUUCAUGAUCAACCUGUGCCUCGUUGUCAUAGCGACCCAGUUCUCGGAGACCAAGCAGCGGGAGCACCGGCUGAUGCUGGAGCAGCGGCAGCGCUACCUGUCCUCCAGCACGGUGGCCAGCUAUGCCGAGCCCGGCGACUGCUAUGAAGAGAUCUUCCAGUACGUCUGCCACAUCCUGCGCAAGGCCAAGCGCCGGGCCCUGGGCCUCUACCAGGCCCUGCAGAGCCGGCGCCAGGCCCUGGGCCCGGAGGUCCCCACCUCCACCAAGCCCGGCCCCCACGCCAAGGAGCCCAGACACUUCAAGCUGUGCCCCCGACAUAACCCACUGGACCCGACGCCCCACACGCUGGUGCAGCCCAUCUCUGCCAUGCUGGCCUCCGACCCGGCCAGCUGCCCCCACUGCCAGCACGAGGUGGGCCGGCGGCCCUCGGGCCGGGGCAGUACCGACUCGGGCCAGGAGGGCUUGGCCUCAGGAGGCUCUGGAAGCGGAGAGGCCGAGGCUGAUGGGGAUGGCUCCCGGAGCAGCGAGGAGGGGGCCUCCUCGGGGCUGGGGAAGGAGGACGAGGAGGAGCAGGUGGAUGGGGCCUCCUGGCUGUGCGGGGACGUGUGGCGGGAGACUCGAGCCAAGCUGCGAGGCAUCGUGGACAGCAAGUACUUCAACCGCGGCAUCAUGAUGGCCAUCCUGGUCAACACCGUCAGCAUGGGCAUCGAGCACCACGAGCAGCCCGAGGAGCUGACCAACGUCCUGGAGGUCUGCAACGUGGUCUUCACCAGCAUGUUCGCACUGGAGAUGCUGCUGAAGCUGGCCGCCUUCGGGCUCUUUGACUACCUGCGCAACCCCUACAACAUCUUCGACAGCAUCAUCGUUAUCAUCAGCAUCUGGGAGAUCGUGGGGCAGGCGGAUGGCGGGCUCUCGGUGCUGCGGACCUUCCGGCUGCUGCGGGUGCUGAAACUGGUGCGCUUCAUGCCCGCGCUGCGGCGCCAGCUGGUCGUGCUCAUGAAGACCAUGGACAACGUGGCCACCUUCUGCAUGCUGCUCAUGCUCUUCAUCUUCAUCUUCAGCAUUCUUGGGAUGCACAUCUUUGGCUGCAAAUUCAGCCUCCGGACAGACACGGGAGAUACGGUCCCAGACAGGAAGAACUUCGACUCCCUGCUGUGGGCCAUCGUCACAGUGUUCCAGAUCCUCACCCAGGAGGACUGGAAUGUCGUCCUCUACAACGGCAUGGCCUCCACCUCGCCCUGGGCCUCCCUCUACUUUGUCGCCCUCAUGACCUUCGGCAACUACGUGCUCUUCAACCUGCUGGUGGCCAUCCUGGUGGAGGGCUUCCAGGCGGAGGGCGACGCCAAUCGCUCCUACUCAGAUGACGACCAGAGUUUGUCCAACGUGGAGGAGUUUGACAAGCUCCAGGAGGGCCUGGACAGCGGCGGAGAUCCCAAGCUCUGCCCAAUUCCUCUGACCCCCAAUGGGCACUUGGACCCCAAUCUGCCUCUGGGUGGACUUCUGGGCCCCGCUGGGGCUGCAGCACCUGCUCGCCUGUCGCUGCAGCCGGACCCAAUGCUGGUGGCCCUGGGCUCUCGCAAGAGCAGUGUCAUGUCCCUGGGGAGGGUGAGCUACGACCAGCGUUCCCUGUCCAGCUCCCGGAGCUCCUACUAUGGGCCCUGGGGCCGCAGUGGGGCCUGGGCCAGCCGCCGCUCCAGCUGGAACAGCCUCAAGCACAAGCCACCGUCUGCAGAGCAUGAGUCCCUGCUCUCUGCUGAGCGGGGUGGCGGUACCCGGGCCUUCGAGGUCGCCUGCGAGGAGGGGCCUCCACGGGCUGCGCCCCUGCACACCCCGCACACCCACCACGUGUAUCAUGGUCCCCAUGGGAUGCACCGUCACCACCACCACCGCCGGACGCUGUCCCUUGACACCAGAGACUCAGUAGACCUGGCUGAGCUGGGGCCCACUGUGGGCCCCCACCCCCGGGCCACCUGGAGGGCAGUGGGCCUGGCGCCCGGGCACGAGGACUGCAACGGCAGGAUGCCCGGCAUCGCCAAGGAGGUCUUCACCAAGAUGAACGACCGCCGGGACCAGGCGCAGGAUGAGGAGGAGGCUGACUACACUCUGUGCUUCCGUGUGCGCAAGAUGAUUGAUGUCUACAAGCCAGCCUGGUGUGAGGUCCGCGAGGACUGGUCUGUCUACCUCUUCUCUCCGGAGAACAGGUUCCGCGUCCUGUGCCAGACCAUCAUUGCCCACAAGCUCUUCGACUACGUCGUCCUGGCUUUCAUCUUCCUCAACUGCAUCACCAUCGCCCUGGAGCGGCCCCAGAUUGAGGCUGGCAGCACUGAACGCAUCUUCCUCACCGUGUCCAACUACAUCUUCACAGCCAUCUUUGUGGGCGAGAUGACGCUAAAGGUGGUCUCGCUGGGUCUAUACUUCGGUGAGCAGGCGUACCUGCGCAGCAGCUGGAACGUGCUGGACGGCUUUCUAGUCUUCGUGUCAAUCAUCGACAUCGUGGUGUCCUUGGCCUCAGCUGGUGGAGCCAAGAUCUUGGGGGUCCUCCGGGUCCUGCGGCUCUUGCGCACUCUGCGGCCCCUGCGUGUCAUCAGCCGGGCGCCUGGCCUGAAGCUGGUGGUGGAGACACUCAUCUCUUCCCUUAAGCCCAUCGGCAACAUUGUCCUCAUCUGCUGUGCCUUCUUCAUCAUCUUCGGCAUCUUGGGGGUGCAGCUCUUCAAGGGCAAGUUCUACCACUGUCUCGGUGUGGACACCCGCAACAUCACCAACCGCUCUGACUGCAUGGCUGCCAAUUACCGCUGGGUCCAUCACAAGUACAACUUCGACAACCUGGGCCAGGCCCUGAUGUCACUCUUUGUCCUGGCCUCCAAGGAUGGCUGGGUGAACAUCAUGUACAACGGACUGGAUGCUGUUGCCGUGGACCAGCAGCCCGUGCCCAACCACAACCCCUGGAUGCUGCUCUACUUCAUCUCCUUCCUGCUCAUCGUCAGCUUCUUUGUGCUCAACAUGUUUGUGGGCGUUGUGGUGGAGAACUUCCACAAGUGCCGGCAGCACCAGGAGGCCGAGGAGGCGCGGCGGCGCGAGGAGAAGCGGCUGCGGCGCUUGGAAAAGAAGCGCCGGAAGGCCCAGCGGCUGCCUUACUAUGCCACCUACUGUCCCACCCGGCUGCUCAUCCACUCCAUGUGCACCAGCCACUACCUGGACAUCUUCAUCACCUUCAUCAUCUGCCUCAAUGUGGUCACCAUGUCCCUGGAGCACUACAACCAGCCAACGUCCCUGGAGACUGCCCUCAAGUACUGCAACUACAUGUUCACCACUGUCUUUGUGCUGGAGGCUGUGCUGAAGCUGGUGGCCUUUGGUCUGAGGCGCUUCUUCAAGGACCGGUGGAACCAGCUGGACCUGGCCAUCGUGCUGCUGUCGGUCAUGGGCAUCACGCUGGAGGAGAUCGAGAUCAACGCGGCCCUGCCCAUCAACCCCACCAUCAUCCGCAUCAUGCGGGUGCUGCGCAUCGCCCGGGUGCUGAAGCUGUUGAAGAUGGCCACGGGGAUGCGGGCCCUGCUGGACACGGUGGUGCAAGCUCUGCCCCAGGUGGGCAACCUGGGCCUCCUCUUCAUGCUGCUCUUCUUCAUCUAUGCCGCCCUGGGGGUGGAGCUCUUCGGGAAGCUGGUCUGCAAUGACGAGAACCCGUGCGAGGGCAUGAGCCGGCACGCCACCUUCGAGAACUUCGGCAUGGCCUUCCUCACGCUCUUCCAGGUCUCCACCGGCGACAACUGGAACGGGAUCAUGAAGGACACGCUGCGGGACUGCACCCACGACGAGCGCAGCUGCCUGAGCAGCCUGCAGUUCGUGUCACCCCUGUACUUCGUCAGCUUUGUGCUCACGGCCCAGUUCGUGCUCAUCAACGUGGUGGUGGCGGUGCUCAUGAAGCACCUCGAUGACAGCAACAAAGAGGCCCAGGAGGACGCCGAGAUGGACGCGGAGCUGGAGCUGGAGAUGGCCCAGGGCCUCGGUCCCAGCCCACGGCCGCCUGCCGGCUCCCCGGGUGCACCCGGCCGGGUGCCGGGAGGGCCCUGCGGCGGCGGUGGCGGCGGUGACUCGGAAGGCCGCCGGUGCCGGCACUGCUAUUCUCCAGCCCAGGAGAAUCUGUGGCUGGACAGCGUCUCUUUAAUCAUCAAGGACUCCUUGGAGGGGGAACUGACCAUCAUUGACAACCUGUCUGGCUCCAUCUUCCACCACUACUCCUCGCCGGCCAGCUGUAGGAGGUGCCAUCAUGACAAGCAGGAGGUGCAGCUGGCUGAGACAGAAGCCUUCUCCCUGAACUCAGACAGGUCCUCGUCCAUCCUGCUGGGCGAUGACCUGAGUCUCGAGGACCCCACAGCCUGCCCACUUCGCCCUCAGGGCAGCAAGGAGGAGCUGGACCCACCAGAGCCCGGGCUUGGGGGGGACCUAGGUGAAUGCUUCUUCCCCUUGUCCAGCACGGCCGUGUCCUCGGGUCCAGAGAACUUCCUGUGUGAGAUGGAGACCAUCCCGUUCAACCCUGUCCGGUCCUGGCUGAAACACGAGAGCAGCCAAGCAGCACCUUCGAGCCCACUCCUGCCCAUGCCCACGGAGUUCUUCCACCCCGCUGUGUCCGCCAGCCAGAAGGGGCAGGAGAAGGGUGCCAGUGCAGGGACCCUCCCCAAGAUCGCCCUGCAGGGCUCCUGGGCAUCCCUGCGGUCACCGAGUGUCAACUGUACCCUCCUCCGGCAGGCCACUGGGAGUGACACAUCCCUGGAGGCCAGCCGCAGCAGCUCGGCGGGCAGCCUGCAGACCACGCUGGAGGACAGCCUGACGCUGAGUGACAGCCCCCGGUGCGCCCUGGGGCCGCCUGCGCCCACACCCGGCCCCCGGGCUGGCCUGUCUCCCACCGCCCGCCGCCGCCUCAGCCUUCGGGGCCGGGGCCUGUUCAGCCGGCGCGGGCUGGGCGCGCAUCAGCGCAGCCACAGCAGCGGGGGCUCCACCAGCCCGGGAUGCACCCACCAUGACUCCAUGGACCCUUCGGAUGAGGAGUGCGCUGGCCGCAGCGGCGUGGGGGGCGGGGGCAGCGAGCACUCGGAGACCCUCAGCAGCCUCUCGCUCACCUCCCUCCUCUGCGCGCCCCCGCCGCCAGGGCCCCCGCCCACCAGGAGGUUCAGCAGCACCAGCAGCCUGGCCACUGGCCCCGGUCGCCCCCGCGCCACCGUCGGGCCCCAUGGCCUGGCCCGGAGCCCCUCCUGGGCCGCGGACCGCAGCAAGGACCCGCCAGGCCCGGCCGAGCCCCCGGGAGAGCUGCAGUCCAAAGACGCUGCGAGCAAGAGGAAGAGAUGAGGGCUGCAGGGGCCCAGCGCCGCCGCCUGCCCCGUCUCGCCUUCUUUACCUCAGGAGCCAGGGGGAAGACAGCAAUACUUGGUCCACAGCCUGGGCACCGCGCAGGGCCAGCCAGCGCCAGGCUGCUGAGAGCACGCUGGUGGGCUGAGGCCCAGCGUGGCCUGGCCACGGUCCUUCCCAUGCAGAUACAUGUAUAUAUAUAUGUAUGCAUAUAUAUAGAGAGAGACAGACAUAUAUAUAUAUAUUUAUUUUUUUUACUGAGAGUUUACGACUUCCAGAAAGUGCUAAAGUUGGGGAGAGUCUGGGGCCCAGACAAGGCUUUUUGCUUGAUGCUUGGGGCCCAGGCCAAACCUGCCCUGGGGUAGAUGGUCCUGCUGGGACAUGGGCACCCCUGCUUUUUGGCAUCUCCCCUGGAGUAGCUUGGAGAGGGCUGUCCGUUCUCUGAGGGUCCUAUGGUCCAGGAGACAGGCCCAGAAAAAGAGCUGUCAUUUCAGGGUGCGUUUUUUCCUUUAAAGAAGAGAUGCUGCUAAGAUCCCCCCUUCCCCCACGUGUUGGGGUGUCUGUCUUGUUCCUGGCCGUCUAGCUGCGUGGACAGUCUUUUGUAGGCUCCCAGAAUCCACAAACUCUUAGUCACCCAGCUGUGUUUCUCUAGCAAAAUCUGGGGCAAUAGUUGUAUUUUCUUAGGGCUGGGACGGGGUGGCGAGCAGCUCCCAGGCUGGGCAGGGGGCAGGCCCCUGUCCCAGUGGGCCCUUUCCAGGGUGUGGCCUGCUGUGGGCAGGACCGAGGCAGCAGGAGAUGGAGGACAGUGAAGGGGGGUGAGCAGGCCCUGAGUAGGUCAAGGGCACCGCCUGGUCUAUGCUGGCCACAGCCUUUCACUCUCUGGGUGGGAGCAGGGGUGGGGCAGCUGCCUGGGACCAGCUCCCCUCCUCAGCUCCUUCAUACCCUGUCACCUGGAGACCCUGCCCCACCCCCCACCCGGCUCAUUUUCCCCACCUUCCCAAAGCUGGAGGUCAGGUUCCCUGUAGAAAUGCUAUUCAAACACAUUUGCAGACAGGCAUUUUUUUUCUUGAAAGAGUUAUGCAUUUAUUUCAGUAUUUAUUAGGAAGAAAGCAGUGUGCCCAACCCACGAUUUCACAAACGUAUCGCUUAAGUCAAGGCUGAGUUUUUAGAAGUGAGUAGAUCAGUGUCAAGAAGAUUGGGAACAUGGUGGCAGAGUUGUGGGGUGGGAACUGCUGUGAGUUUGGGGCACCUUGCACUUCAGCAAUAACCAGGCCCUUGGCCUUCGAGAUCUCAGACGGUCUUAGGUGGGUCUGUCCUUGUCCCAAACCCUGACCUUAAAGUACUUGGCUUUGGCCCAGGCUGCCAAGUGAUAUGAGGUAGGUGUAGCUGCUUGGACGGGCUCUGGGUGUCUCCCAGGCUGGCAUAGCCACCCUUGGAGCCUGGACACUGUAGCAAAGGGAGGAGGUAACGAGUGACUGAAGCUCAGUGGGCUGGAGAGCCCUUCUCUCAAUAGCUGGGGGUGGAGGGGGGAAGAGGCAGAGCGGCCAGCCCAGGAUCCCUCAGUGCCCUGGCAGCAAAGAGGCUGCGUGUCUCCCCAGCCGGGUGAGCCAACACCUGAGUACUUGGAAUGUAAGGAUCGGGAGGCAGAGCCUGGCCGAGGGCCUCUGGUGGUACCGUGGAGUUGGGCUGGCGUAGCAGUCAGGACUGGAUUUGCCCCUGCACCCCAAGAGCUUCCCUCUCCUCACUCCAAAGCGUGGAUGGUGGGCCUCGGUGAGAAUAUAGACGCUCAGCCCCAGCACUGGGCUCCCUCCUGGGACGGCAGCCUCUGGGGUGAAGGCUCAGCCCGGUCCUUUCUCUCAGGGAGCAGGUGGACAUGGGGUCUUGUCACCUUCUGCCCCAGGUGUCCCCAAAGCUGGUGGGGAGGCUGUGCACAAGGCCGACGCUGCUGGGCCAGCCUUCCUUGCUCUGCUGAUUGGUUCUCUGUGGGAUGCUCAUCUGGGGAGGAGUGGGCACAGGGAGGCCUGUCUGGCUCACCCUCUCCCCACCAGCACCGUGGGGGCUCCAAGCAGUUGAGUUAGAGGGGGCAGCACACACAUUAGUCAGCAUGUUUAGUCAGCAUGGCCCUCGAGGGAGGGCCUCGCAUGCAGCAGCCUGGCUGGGGGCAGGCAGUGAGGCCUGGGAAGCCCAUGUGGAGGAAGUUACCUGGGCUCGAGCUCACCUGGUCGGGUUCAGGGGGACUGUGUCCGGCACCUGUCCGCAGCUCACACUUCCUGGGCACAGGCGCACCCUGUUUAAUAUGCACAGUGGCCCAGAGUGGCGUGCAUGGAGCAGGGAGGUGAUUUCCUUGUCACUGGGUUAUAUAUGGCUGGUUAGAAAACAUCCUGGGUGUGCCUGACGGGAAGCCAUCCUUUUACCCUACACUUUGUGGUCCCAAAACAAGCAGGCAUGUGGGGAGGGACAUCCGGGCAAAGGGGCUUACCAGAGCAAAGGCAGGAAGGGGAGAGGGCAGGCCAGAGCAGAGCGGGACCAGCCAAGCGCAGAGGAGAGAAGCUUUGCCUGGGGAGUCACGGGAGGUGGGUCUGGUUCCCGGAGGGCCCCAGUGCUGGUCCAAGGCCCCGGGGACACCGAGGCUGUGCGACUGGCCUGGACCAGCUGACAUGGAUAGAGUGGGGUGAAUGGCCCCUCUGCCCUUCCUGAUUCUAUAGCCUGUCCGUCACAAAAGCACAACCUUACCACGGGCCUGGCCUAGGGCAAGCAGGGACCUUGGUGUGGAGCACCCCAAGCUUUCUGUUUGCAGGGCUCUGCAGAGUGGCAGCUGGCAGGCACCAUGGCAUCUGCACAGAUGGACCUAGGACCAGCUGGGGCUGCGGCCUACCCCAGCCAAAGCCUCUUCCCGUCGCCUGUCCAUCCUUCUCCUGCACCAGGCGGCACCCCAAAAGAUAAAGUGUGCACAGUGCCAGCCCGUCUGCCCAUCUUUCCCCCCGGGCCCUCCCUGGGGGGCCUUCUGUUUCCAGGGUCGCCUCUGGCCCCCUUCGCUGCGCUGUGUAAGGGCUUGGGGUCUUAGAAGCUUCUGUUUAGCCCAGAUACACAUACUCUUUUCGUCUUUGUGCAAUAAUCCGUGUUCCUGGUGGAGCCAGGGUGAGCUGGGGCCUGAGGGGGAGGCAGAGGCCGCCUCCUCCGGGAAGCCCUUGGCCUGGCUCUGCCGCUGUGACUACCGUACUCCCAGUUGCUGUACAGUUUCUAUGGUGUGAACGAACCUCCCUCCUAGCUGCUGACGGCACUGGUCCCUGCUGGCCCAGAUGGCCCGGGCACAGAGAAACCAAGUGGCAGCUGCCACCAGUGUUGUUUUGAAUAAAA